AUGAGUAGCAAGAACUCAGGACCAGCUCCUGCUGCAGCUUCUGCAGUCAUCACUAACGGUAAGCUUCCAAUAGAGGAGAACGAAGAAGAAGAGAUAUGGAAAGUCGCUGUGUCGAGGUUUCAAGCCCGAGAAGAAGAGAUCGAGAGGAAGAAGAUGACUGUUAAAGAAAAAGUUCAACAGCGUCUCGGUUUUGCAGAGGAAGCUACAAGAUGCUUGACUCAAACAUUGGAAGAGCUAGAGAUUAUGGGAGAUCCAAUGAGAAAAGAAGUUGCAAUGGUGAGGAAGAAAAUCGACAUGGCGAAUCGUGAUAUCAAAUCUUUAGCUCAAAGCUGUCAAAAGAAGGAGAAGGAAUACAAAGAUACAAUGGAAGCUUUCAACGAAAAGAACAAAGAGAAAACUCACCUUGUUUCCAUGUUAAUGGAGCUACUGGCUGAAAGCGAAAGGUUAAGGAUGAAGAAACUGGAGGAAAUCAACAAGACUGUUGGAACAUUGCAAUGA